AGGUGUUCUGCAGAUGUUGGAGGUGGUCCUCAACGCUCUGGUCCUGGUCUGCAUAAUCUCCUCCUACUUCGUCCUUUCUGGGUUCAGCUCCAGCAUGGCAAGUGGCGGCUUCGGAGGAGGGUAUUACCCGUUUGAGGGCCAGGAGCUCCAACUGGUGCGUCAACUGGACCAGGAAUUCUCGCUGCGGCGGGCCCCCUUGCUCUACGGUGGCCUGACGGUGGCACUUCUGAUGGCGACUCUGACACUUGCCAUCCUGGCCGCGGGAUCCAAACAUCUGCUCCGCCUCUCGGGCCGGUGGCUCGUGAUCGAGACUGUUUUCAGCGUGGUGGCCUCUCUUAGUUACGUGGCUGCGGUGGGGGUGUUUUUACACUUCGCCCUCCAGAUCAACGCCAUGGACGUGUGUAAGAAGCGGGAGAUACUGUACGCCAGAAACGGCCUGACCUGGAUGAACUGCGGUCUGGCGGGCACUGAUGGAGGAGCGGCAACAUUUGCCAUCUUGCUGGUUAUUUUAUAUGGUGUCAGUGCUGUGCUGGCCAUCCGUGCCUUCCGAGAGCGGCAAACGCUACAGCAAUAACCUUCUGGGCCAAUAAGGAUGGGAAGCGCCAAACAGGCAAAUGCCACAAAGGUGGUCUGAACAAAUAUGUUAUCAGGAUACAGUGGGGAUCGAAAGUUUGGGCACC